CUUCCUCCCGCGACGCCAGCGUGACGCACGCUCCCGUUCCAGGCCCUCGCCUGGGCCACGCCCCCUCCAGCCAACCCAGCAAUCAGCCUCCCGGGCCAUGCCGGUUUCCAGGCCUGCUUCUCCUGAGCUUCCGAAGACCUGUGGACUAGCCCUUGCCGUGGGUGACCCCCCUCCUGCUUGAGCACGCCAUCCGAUAGCCACCCCCCCCCGGAAUCUGACCACCGCUCAAGUCCGAGCUUCAUAAAAGCCAGCUGAAUGAAGGGAUGUAACCGACUUCUGGGAGAGACACUGAAGUCUGCGGUGUGGGGGGGGAGGGGCCUGGACACACCCCUUCCCCCCAGACUCCUCCCCCUCUGGGUGCUCUCAGCCAUGGACUUUGGACCUGGGUAGGAGGAGCGCGGCCACACUUGGGUGCAUCUGAUUUGUGGUUCUCAGCUUUGAAAAUGGAGUGCCGGAUGGGAGUUUGAGGAUCUGUAGAGGAGCAUCUGGGAGAAGAGAAGGUGCCGGUGCCGGUGAGGUGCAUGGCGGCGCGCGGCGUGAGGCGUGAGUGACCGCGGGUGCCCGCGCCCGGCCGCCCCCGCGGGGGCAGGAUGCUCAAGAAGCAGACGGCCGGGCUGGUGCUGUGGGGCGCCGUCCUCUUCGUGGCCUGGAACGCGCUGCUGCUGCUCUUCUUCUGGACGCGCCCGGCGCCGGGCCGGCCGCCCGCCGAGGCGGCGCUGGACGGUGACCCGGCCGGCCUGAGCCGCGAGGUGAUGCGCCUGGCGCAGGACGCGGAGGCCGAGCUGGAGCGGCAGCGCGGGCUGCUGCAGCAGAUCCGGGAGCACUACGCGGCGGCGGCGGCGGCGGGGCGGGGCCCGCGCGGCCGGGUGCCCACGGGGGCCGGGGCCGGGGCCGGGGCCGGGGCCGGGGCCGCGCCGCCGCCGCCGCCGCCCGCGCCCGGGACCCCGCCGCCCGCCGUCAUCCCCAUCCUGGUCAUCGCGUGCGACCGCAGCACCGUGCGCCGCUGCCUGGACAAGCUGCUGCACUACCGGCCGUCGGCCGAGCGCUUCCCCAUCAUCGUGAGCCAGGACUGCGGGCACGAGGAGACGGCGCAGGUCAUCGCCUCGUACGGCGGCGCCGUCACGCACCUGCGGCAGCCGGACCUGAGCCACAUCGCCGUGCCGCCCGACCACCGCAAGUUCCAGGGCUACUACAAGAUCGCGCGGCACUACCGCUGGGCGCUGGGCCAGGUCUUCCACACCUUCCGCUUCGCGGCCGCCGUGGUGGUGGAGGACGACCUGGAGGUGGCCCCCGACUUCUUCGAGUACUUCCAGGCCACCUACCCGCUGCUGCGCGCCGACCCCUCGCUGUGGUGCGUGUCGGCGUGGAACGACAACGGCAAGGAGCAGAUGGUGGACGCGGGCCGGCCCGAGCUGCUCUACCGCACCGACUUCUUCCCGGGCCUGGGCUGGCUGCUGCUGGCCGAGCUGUGGGCCGAGCUGGAGCCCAAGUGGCCCAAGGCCUUCUGGGACGACUGGAUGCGGCGGCCCGAGCAGCGCCAGGGCCGCGCCUGCGUGCGCCCCGAGAUCUCGCGCACCAUGACGUUCGGCCGCAAGGGCGUGAGCCACGGGCAGUUCUUCGACCAGCACCUCAAGUUCAUCAAGCUGAACCAGCAGUUCGUGCCCUUCACGCGGCUGGACCUGUCGUACCUGCGGCGCGAGGCCUACGACCGCGCCUUCGUGGCGCGCGUCUACGCCGCCCCGCAGCUGCCCGUGGAGAAGGUGCGGACCAACGAGCGGCGCGAGCUGGGCGAGGUGCGCGUGCAGUACACCAGCCGCGACAGCUUCAAGGCCUUCGCCAAGGCGCUGGGGGUCAUGGACGACCUCAAGUCCGGCGUGCCGCGGGCCGGCUACCGGGGCGUCGUCACCUUCCAGUUCCGGGGCCGCCGCGUGCACCUGGCGCCGCCGCCCACCUGGGACGGCUACGACCCCAGCUGGAACUGAGCGCCCGCACCGCGCGCCCCCGCCCGCCCGCCUCCCGCGCCGGGGAGGAGGGGGCAGCAUUGCGCAAGAAGCCACUGUGUGGUUGGGGCCCGGGAGCCCCUGUCCCCUCCUGACUCGGCCCCGCCUCCCGUGUGUGUGGGGGGGGCUUCCCCGGCGGGGCGGGGCGAGGGGGGGCCCGGCCCGGGGCGGCGUGGCCCCCAUCCCCUCCCCUCCGCCGGGGCCUCGGAGCUCCUUUCCCCACAGCCUGCAAUGGCGCCUCUCGGAGACCGCGAGGGGACGAGUGUUCUGCACGCAUGCGCAGCGGCGGAGCCAAGGAGGUGGGGGCGGAGCCUGGGCUGGGGUGACCCCCCCUCCCCCCCAGCUUUGAGGAGGGCUGCAGCCAGCUAGGGGCCGAGGGACCGAGCUCCUCCGGGGCCUCUCCGCUCCCCGCGGGCCCGCCCGGCCUCCCGAGCGCACGCACGGCGGGAGGGGUUCGAGGGCGUCCCCCGCCCGACCUCAGUUUCAUGGGAGAAAGUGGAAUCUACAGAAUUAUUUUCAAAAAUAAAGUAAAGG